AUGAAAAGGUACAGAACAUUCAAUGCGUCGUUUAUUGAGAAGAAUUACAAAGAUCUCAAGACCCAUAACCCCAAAUUGCCUAUUUUGAUUCGUGAGGCUAAUUCCAUUGACCCUCAGCUUUGGGCCAGAUAUGACCUCGGAGUUGAAAGGGGCAUCCGACUGGAUGGCUUGACAGAGGAACAGAUCUCAAAGGUACUUGAGGACCUCGUGAAAGUAGGGGCGUCCCUUAAAUCUUGA